GCGCCUCCGCUGGGCCAAGCCGGCCCCGAACGCGUUUCUCCGCCGCCCGCCCCCCUGCGGCUGCAUCCGGGGCCCGCCGUGAGGGGAAGGGCGCGGCCAUGAGGGGGGUGCUCGGGGGGGCUCCCCUCAGAGUAUUUGGAAAAGCAAUACACGCCAUAGCACGUAUUAGCGAUGAGUUUUGCUUUGACCCCUUAGAAAAAGGUCUUGCCUUAAGAUCAGUGAAUUCUUCAAGGUCAGCGUAUGCGUACAUCUUCUUCUCAUCUAUGUUUUUUCAACAUUACUGCUGGACAGCUGUGUCUCAGCCAUGUCAGAAAGAAAAACAGUUAUCACUUCCAUGUAAAUUAUUCAUUAAGUCAGUUCUUCCUGUAUUUAGAUGUGUAAAUGUGCUGGAAAGGAAUGUAGAGAAAUGCAGCAUUUAUACAAAUACUAAUGAGCAUCACAUAACUUUUCAGCUUCUCUGCAGAAAUGGUAUUAUAAAAACAUAUAAUCUGACUUUCCAAGAAUGUGAUCCACUGCAGGCUGUUUUUGCAAAGCACAUGUGUCCGAACAUACUUAAAGUCCACUCCAGGCUGCUGGCUGAUAUAAUGAUCCACUUUCCAACCAGUCAAGAGGAAGUAACUUUAUCGGUUACUCCAAUGAAGGUUUGUUUCAGGAGUUACGCUGAGGAAGACGCUGACUUUUCAAAGACAAUGCUUACUGAAAUACAGCUAAAUCCAGAUGAAUUUGACUACUUCCAAGUUGGAGUAGAUUCUGAAGUGACAUUUUGCCUUAAAGAAUUGAGGGGACUACUGGCAUUUUCCGAAGCUACCCACGGUCCUGUCUCAAUCCAUUUUGACAUAUCUGGGAAACCAGUUGCUUUCAGCAUUGAAGACAUGGUGCUGGAAGCCAGCUUUAUUUUGGCUACGUUGUCUGACAUCGACAAUGGGACAGCUUCCCAGGAGCCCACGUGCUGUUCACGGAUUCCAGAAAGCUCAAAGGUGUACAUGGGCAAAUCUGAAAACUCCUCCAUGGAUAAGGACUGUAAUGCAGAAGCAGUUGCUUCCAAAAAGCCACGGCAGAAUGAAAAUGAACAGAACUCAGAGCCAGUGGCACCUGCAAGUCCUGUGGCAAAACAGAAUACAUGGAACUCGGGGAACGUUUUGAAACAUCUUGAGGGAACAGCCAUGCCCGAGACAGAUGACCAAGCAGUGCUGGAAGCAGAGUCAAGAGAAGCUCAUUAUCACAAGUUUCAGUUCUUGUUCUUUGGAGCAGUUUCUCCUAAGAAGGAUGCCAUCAAUCACACCUCCCAUAGUUUAGCAACAGCUAGUGACGCUGAAGAGGAUUUUGGCAACAUGCAGAGCUCCCAAGUUCUCUAGUAACAUGAGGUGUACGAAUCCAAGACUAACGUGGACCGCCUUGAAAGACAGAAGCGUAUUUGACAUGGUGUAGAGCAGUUUCUAGCCUUAGAAAGAAGUUUAAUUCUGUUACAAAAACGUCCUGCAGUUCUUAGGCAAGCUGGAACUUGAUGGACGCUACUUGUUUGGUAAAUUGCAUUUCACUAACAUCUAUUGUCAAAGUCUGGGAAGUGGAUGGAAAUUCCACUUAAGUGUGUUUGUUUUUUUUUCCCCUCCAAGGGGAAUGUACCAAAAGGACAGAACUACUUGGUACAGAGCACUCUAUCAUUUCCUGCCAUGUCAGUACCAGUUAAAUGUUUAUUCUCUACAUUAAGCACCAGUACUAAUCAUUUUAAAGCCGUAGCUGCUGUCAUAAUAUAAAUUUAGGUCAUUUAGAUUUGUAUAUGUGUUCUGUAGACACAUUGCUUUGCAUGUUCAGCUUUCCAGUCUCACAAGAGAAUUCAAACUGCGUUAGCACUUCAGACAAAUUAAGCUACUGUUGUAAAGUCAGAAGCUCUGAAUAGGAAACCCACCUACUGCAGCACCGCCAAAUAAAUACAUUAUUGCUAUAUAACAACUGGUAUUCUUACAGAAAUUUUGUAGAAGUAGGAUUUAGCUGAAUAAAUGCAUUUCUAUGACAACUUUGGUUAAAGAAAUAAAAAUUGUGAUUAAAAAAUGAUUUGAAAACACAGCUUAUGAGUUCUUGUGUUUCAGCCUUGAGUUGUUCUUUUCCCUUCCCUCACCUCCUCCAGCAGAAGUCAGUGACGGGGCUCUCUGGCCCUGUUCACUACAUCUCAACAACAAGCCACAAAACUGCUUGCAGCCACUUUCCUGGGGAGAGAACGUCCACAAAUGCUUUUUGGUGCAGCAGGAUAAUGGAUCAAUGUGAUUUAUACUGAACAGAGCUGGAGAUCUGUACAACAGCAGGGCACACAUUUGCUCACUGCUAAACAAGCUUGCAGAGAAAAUUACCGUGUAGUAUUUCCAAAGUCACACUCAAAAUACUGACAUUUCCAAUCUUUGGUUGAUUUAAAAGACAGUUAUUCUGCUUGCCAAACUCUUGCAGAGGAGUUCUGUGUAGUGGGGCAUGGCAUCACUUACAGACAGAUUUGAGGACACCGCGGAGCUCUGAACAAGAGCCAGACACCUUAAGUGGUGGCUGGGCAGCUCUGUGCUACCAGCAACGUCACUGCAGCAACGAACAGAAUUUUUGCAGUCAACUUUACUUUAAAAAACACAUUUUAGUAUAAAUACUAUAUUUAUUAAAUAUCUUUACAAUUCAUUUAAAUGUAUUUACAGAACUAUUCCUGCAUAAGUUAUACCUCAGACAUGAAAUUCACAUAAUUGCCUCUUACGUAAGCAUAGAUGAUAGUCUCAUUUUAACAACAACAAAAAAGCAUCCUCAUUAGAUACAGACUCAGAUUUGCUUCAUUAUUUCAGCUAUCUUUGCAAGAACUACUUCAUACAGUCGGUUUCUACACACACACACGAAGUCUGAUUCCUCCCUGGCGAGAGGAUGUCCAUUACAAGAGAUGGAGAUUCCAUCACAGAAUACUUUACAGCUUUGCUAGACCUUCACACCUCUCCCCUCUCCCUUACUCAGUCAUAACUGUCUGGUCCCAAAAUCUUUUUCUUCCCUUCUAUUUAUCUGCCGUACCUUCUUUAGAAACGCAAAGAAAGCAAAUUUAGAGGGAAACUGUAUGCUGGAGGUCUCCCAAAGAUAGCCAUAAAAGUAGCACAGAACCACAGUUUUCCAAUUCACCACAUCUUAGCCCUUUUUCACCCAAAUACCCAGUAACACUGCUGCAGAAAUCCCAACUCCCGCGAGCGCUAUUACCUGUCGUGGUACCGUAGUACUGGUAUCUAAAAAUCUCUUCCUUUUCCUUCAGAUUACUGCUCCCUACCAACCAGCUCCUGACAGCUAACAAAAACCUUCGGCAGCAGCUGAAAUCAGCCUGUUCUCCUUUCAAGCGUGUUUCCAUUACGCAGAACACCUUUCUUGUACGUUCCUCUUAUGAAUAGUCACAAUAAACUAAUUCCUAGGAAGUGUUACUGCUUCAUGCAUCAUUUGAAGUUAUUUUGAUAGUACGGGCCCUGUCGAUCCCUCUUCCAAAAAUUUGUUGUGCGCAGACAGCUUAAGUUCAUAGGAAGAAAUUAGGUUUGAUAUGUUUAGAGUGCACAUCUUAAGAACAAAAACAAAAACAAGCAUGUGAUAAAAAUAUCGAUUCUUUAUAAUACAGUAUUGCUUUAUAAACAGAUGGAAAAGCUAUAAGCUUUACUGGUCUUUGGUGUGUCCAGUGAGGGAUAAACUCAUGAUUUGUAAAUUAAAAUCCAAAUUUGUUCUUUAUUAAAAAAAAUCAUGAUGUGAUAUGAGGCAAAUGGCUUUAUAGAUACUGCUUAGCUAAGAACUGCUUUAACACAGACAGCAAGGCGUAGACUCAAACCCACCAGGCGGCACAGUUUAACUUCUGAGAAGGUGGCAGAAUCUCCCUGAUCCAGGGUUCCAGACCCCGGACCAGCAGAGGCAGAGUACAGCGCAUGCAACAUCUCACUCGGGGGUAAGCACCUUUGCCAUACUCAUUUAUCUGAUCCACAAAUAUUUCUCAAUUUGUACUUCUAGAAAGUGGG